AUGGAAACGACCCUCUUUCCCGUAGCAGCGCUGCCCACAUGCGUGACGCGAUGCGGUGUCUUGUACGACGUCAACGGAGCCUGCGUGCCUCCAGGAGCAACUAAGGCCGACGCGGCUACCUACAACCGCUGUUUCUGCGCUGACCCCCGUCUCGCCGCCUUCAGUCAGGGUCCGCUCGGAAUCUGUGACUCUGCCUGCACAGAGAAUCCGAAUGAUCUGAGCUCGAUCCAGGGCUGGUACACCAGCUUUUGCGCUCAAGCUACGAAGGCCGCGACAUCGACGGCGCGACCCCAAGGCCAGGACGGAGGAACUUGGCUUGAUAACCAUUACCAGUGGGUCAUCUUCCUCGUCAUCAUGGUCGUCGCUAUCGUGGGGAUUUGGAUCGGCGCCUGCGUCUGGCGGAAGCGCUACCUCCGUAAAAAGGACCGACAAUAUGCUCUCAGCAAUGGCUUUGCCCACACCACGAGUUCCGGCCGCAUCGUUCCUAACGCGAGUGCGGGGUCAGUACACGUCCCUACGGCAGGAUUCUUCGAUCCAGCACCAAUUAGCUCAGCAGCUGUUUACGAAAAGCCGCCGAAGGCGAAGAAGUGGGUGUUCAGGGAGCGUACAUGA